AUGGAUAUGACACUUCAUAAAUGGCAGCUGGGGCUCAUUGUUGGCACGCCCGUGGUCUACGGCAUUGGAAAAUAUUUGGUCAAGAAGAUGAUCACGCCGCGCCCCAAGGCUGGGGCUAAGGCCGAGGAAGAAGAACAGCCGCCUCCAGACGAGGGACCCGAUGCAUCUGCCAUUCUGGCUGAAAACAACCCACUGGAGGCCUCUGUGGAGACGUUUGGGCCCAAAGACGGUGCCGGCGAUAGCAGUGACCUGGAAUAUAGACACCUUGUCGCUGAUGUCGGCGACUAUGGCAUGGCCAUGGAGACGGAGAUUAGGAAACAUUGCCAGGGCAUGUCUGUCCUGUAUCAGAACCGCGCCGUCUGGCAUGUGGUGCUCAAGCACUGGGACAAGGUGAAGGAGGACUCCGCCAAGGCGCUGGAGUACGACUGUCGCAACGGCAUGGCGUACUUGAGUCGGGCCCGUGCCUACGACGCCACCGGGGAGCUGCAGGAGUGCUUGAACGAUCUUGAGGCGGCCCGCGCCCUGUUCCGCGUUUCGUCGAUCGCCAAUGGGAGCCCCGAAUACGAGAGCAUCCAAACGUUCUGGAAGCGUGUCCUCCUGCAGGGGGCACGUGCCGAUGCCAAGAAGAUAAUGCGCCAACGAGGUCCACUGUUUCCCUCAAAGGUCCGCAUCAACUCAUAUAUGCAGGCCUUUAUCGCAGAUCCGUUGAUGAAGCUGAGCUUCCCUCGACCGGUGACGGAGAAUGAAGUUCUGCGCGGGUUCCCUCGUGCUCUCUGGGCUUUCCGUGAGGAGCGUUUUGAGGACGUCAUCCCGGCCUGCACCGAGGAAAUUGAUACAUUGGAGUCCCAGUACAAGACGGAAGCCCGGCUCAUGCGCGGCACCUUCCAUCUGCUGUCCGGCUCCUUCUACGAGUGCCACCAGGACUUCGAAGCAGUGAUCGGCGAUGCCAAGGCGAACAACGAAUUGCGUGCCUAUGCGUUAAUUCGGAGUGCUGCCCUCUGUUUUCAGCUAAGGAGACAGAACAAGGCCAUGGAUGCUUUUGAGCAGGCUGAGCGGCUGGUUCGCGACAAUCCCGAUGUCUAUCACCAACGUGGCCUCAUCCUGAGCAAGCUGCAGCACUAUGAGGUAGCCUUGAUGGACUUCGAAAUGGCAGCGCGUCUGGCCCCCGGCCACGUCAGUCCCCUGGUCCUCAAGCACUUUACCGAGUACCAUCUCUCGAGCCUCGAAAACGACCCUCAACGCAUGGAGACGGCGCUCAAAAAGCUUGGCGAGGUCCCAUUGGCGCAUCCGAAUAGUAUCGAUGCCUACAUGAUGAGGGGCAGCCUGCUGGCCAGACGGAAAGAUUUCGUUGAAGCCCUGCUGUGCUUUGAGCGGGCUACAGAGCUGGCGCCCAAGAAUCCCGUUCUGAUGGUCAACCGUGCGAUCUUGGAGCUGAAGCGGCAUGGCAAUGCCGAGCUGGUUCUCCCGAUGCUCUAUGAGGCCAUCGAGCUGGAUCCGAGGUGCCACAUGACAUAUCCAAUCCUGGUCACUCUGGAGAUCAAGCGGAAUAAUCCCGAAAAGGCCAUCGAGCUCUUGAACCAGUCCUGUCUCCAUACCGGGACCUACAACGAGGUCCUGCACGCCUGCUCAAUGCGCAAUGCGUUGAUGGCGCGCACUGUUGCCAGGAAGAAUUUGGGCAUUGACUGCGACCCUUCCAAGACCACAGUUUAA